UACAAUUAUGUCAGUCAUAUAUAUUGUUUAUUGCUGUGUAUUGUUUAUUGCUGUGUAUUGUUUAUGCUAUGUCCUAUGGUAGUGAAGUUUAUAACUUACACGGUAUACACCUUAAAUUGUAGUGUCUACACUGUCAUGGCUACACGUAAUCAUCACGUAUCAUGUUUUAUCGUUUAUUUAAUUUCAAGUGAUCGAAGUACAAAAUUAUAAGAAAAAUAAUAUCAAACCAAAUUCAAAAUUCUUUAUAAGUUAUAAUUGAUAACAGAGUUAAGUAAUGACUAAUGAAUAAUGACUAAUAUUUUAUCAUAAUAAUUUCGUCUUUCAAUAUUAAUCGUAAAUACGUUUAAAUCAGUCAACUGAAAUUAAAUAUUUUAUUACAUUUUGUGUAUGGUGUUUAGUGCAAAUUAACAGAUUACAUUGUUAAGCUUAAUUAUAACUGUUGAUCGUACGUACUUGUGUUUUUACUAAAUAAAAAAGUUCACUCGACUUAGUUUACAAUGUCUGAAAACACAAGAAGUUCUGCAUUUAGGAAGAUCGACGUUGAUCAAUUUAAUGAGAAUUUCAAAGAUGAUGAACAAACCGAAUACCAAUCGACAACAGUCAUUCCAGAUGAAUCAGAAAUUACCAAAUUGAUUAACCAGUAUCCUUUAGCAUUUAUAAUGUGUGUCUACUAAUUUUUUUUUUCACAUUAGGUAUGGUUAAAAAAAAAUGAUAAUCACAGACAUAUCAGGUAAUCAUUUUGUCUGUUAAAAUCUAGGAUUAAUAGUUUAAAGUUGUUAUAAGAUAUGUUUACCAUUUUAGAGUAAUCACAGUAAUUCAAUUGUUAUAACUAUCCCACUAAAAUUAUAUUUAUUAAUUAUUCAGAUUAAUUUUUAACUACGUACAAAAUAACUACAUUUUUAAUUUAUUCUAUGAUAAUAAUUUAAUUUUUCUUUUAUUAUUAUCAUAUUUUCACAGUGAAUUAUGAUUGAGUAACUUGUAUUGGUAUAAUUUUUGUAGCCUCACUAAAUUUCUAAAUUGCUUGAGCUUUUUAUGAAAUCAAAAAUUAUUUGUAUAAUAAUGGAAUCUAACUCAAAUCUUUGGUCCAGGUGCCUAAUAAAAAAUAUAUGCAUUUUUCUAUUUUAUUAAACCAUUCAAUUUUUGACAUUUAAAAAAAUAAAACUAUUGGUAGUGCCAUAAGCGUUGAUUAUAAACAUGUAAUCAUAAUUUAGUGGUUGGAUUUAGUUAAAAGUUACAGCCAUUGAAAUUUGUUGAUUUUAGCGUUAUGAUUGUGAGGCCGGUACUAUAGGUACUACUGCAGUUGGCUAUCAGCAUUAAAAAAAAAAAUUGAAUAUUCCUGUAAAUUAGAAAUAUACCAAAUAUAUUAUUAUAUUUACACACAUACAUCCAUUUAAGAUGUUGAUUAGUUUUAUAUAAAUUGUUACCAUUCUGCAAACUUCAAAGUGAAACUAUUAGUAUUAUUUUUUUUUUUUUUUUGGAAAAUUGCAAAUCAAAUUAAUGAUUUUCAAAAAAUAAAAAAAUAUUUAAAGCUUUCAUAUCUUAAACCUUUGUUUAUUCUUUUUAAUAUUUAAUACCUACUGAGAAAGUUACUAUAAUAUAAAGUUAAAAUAUAACUAACCAAACAAUUGCCAUGUAAUGAAAAUGUGCACAAUAUAACCGUGUUGGUAAUCUUCAUAUUUUCAAAUACAUUGUACCAUUAAAUUUUCAAUUACUUUAUUAUUUCCGAUAAAAUUGAUAAAAAUUGCCUUUUCUUUCACCUUCAUCUUUAUAGAAUUAAACUUGAAUUUAUUUUUGUAGUUUUUAAAUAAUUAAACUAAGGUAAAAUCAGGUUGGUAUUUUAGGGGACAAAAUAAUUAAUUAAGAACGUUAAAUGAACAGAUUUAUAUGUAGUUAUAAAAAUAAAUAUACUGGUUAUUCAUUAAUUCUAGCAAGAUGAUAAAUUUAAAAUAACGAUAAUUAUUAUAAUUAAAUUAUAUAAUUAUCAAAUACUUUAUAAUAAUGGUAUUAAGGAUUUUCCUUAAGUAUUGUCACAGAGGUAAUCUUGCAGAGGCUUUAAAGUCUGCAUUGAAAAAUGCUCCUUUAGGAUCAAAAAAUCAACAAUUGAGGGUAACUUGCACAUUUUAAUUAAUUUUAAUUUUCAUUACUGAAAUUUAUUUUUCUUUAGGACAAUGCAUUAAAUGUUGUGAUGAAAGUACUCCUGGCCACCAAAUUAUCUCAAAUAGAUGAAAUCAUUACUCAGUUAGAUGUUGACAUGGUAGAUGUUCUUAUGAAAUAUAUUUACAAAGGAUUUGAAAAAUCAACAGAAAAAAAAAGCAGUCAUCUUCUUAUGUGGCAUGAGAAAGCAUAUGCACUUGGAGGAGCUGGUAGCAUUAUUAGAGUUCUUACUGACCGCAAACGAGUUUAAUAUUACUAAAAAUCUAUUAAGAGGAGAACUGUCAAACAUUUAUUAUUUUAUCAAAAAUUAUUUGCUACAGCAUAUAUUUAAUUUAAUUUUCAUUAUUAUUUAUUGAACAUUUAUGUAUCUGCAUUUCAUUUUUUUAAGAAAAUGUAAGAAUAUGUAUUAUUUAGUUUUAUAUUUGUUUUAUACAAAUUCAACUAUCUGAUUUUUUUAACAUUGAAAUUAGUUUAUUAAAAAAAAAAGAGAAAUAAAGAUGUUCAAUAAUUAUCUUCAUAAUAUAAGUACAUAUAAAUAAAAUAAAAAUGUCUGUCUAUGAUUUCAGAAUAAUUGUCCUUUUAUAAAAUUUUUAUAAACAUAUAUAUUUUUAACACAUAUAGUUAUUUUCAAGAUUUAAAAAAGAUAUAUAUAUAUCUUAUCCACUUGACAUUUAAUUUUUCAUUUGUAAGACCAUGCUGGAUCAGUAAUUAUACAUAUUUUUGAAUACAUGUUUGGCUAUUUUUUUAAGAAUCUUAAAUAAUUUAAAAAUAAUUGAAUUUUCAAUAUUUUAUUUUGGAUUUAUAUUUAAAUUAAUAAUAGUAUUUAUGUAAAACACUAUUUUAUACAUUAGUUAAAAUAUAUUAUUUUAAUGGUUUUAAUAUCAUAUAUAUAUAUAUAUAUAUACUAACCAAAUAGGUAUAAUUAUAAUAAUUAUUUAUGACUAAAAAAUGUAAAAUUAUAUUGCAUUUAAAUUAUUUAAUUUGUAUUGCUUUGUUUGAUUGUUUAUUUGAUUUGGGACGCUUUUGUUUAUUUUAUAAUAAAUUGAUUUUUUUUAUUAUAACUUAAUUAGUAUGAAUUUAGAGUUUGUAUCAUUAAAUUUUAUAAAUUUAUCAUCAACAAAUAUGUAAGGUAAUUUAGAAACUUUUUUUUAUAUUUAAGUAAUACAGAAAUCUGUUUUGUAAUCAAGCAUAUGUGUAAUUGUAAUUUUAUAAUCUUAUAGAACAAAUGAAAAAUUUCAGUUUAAUACAAAUUGUGUAGCUUUAGCAGAUUAAAUAUUUGAAAAACUAAUUAAACACUUUGUAGUUAUUCAAAACUUGUAGAAAAAUGUAAUGGUACAUUUUACCUAGAUAGUGAAUAAUUAAUAACUAUGCCAGAAAAUUGUGAGAGUUAUAAAUCAUAACUUAAGAUUUCAUAAAUAUUUUUCAAUUGUGUUUCUGAAUUUUAAAUUUUAAACUUAUUUUGCACAUUUGUAUAGUUAUCUCAUCAAACUAUAAGUACACAGUUCAGAAUAGUUAAACUGUAAGAAAACUAGAAUUAAAAUCGCUUUUAGUAAGCAAUGGUUUAUCGUUGCUUAUAAACACAAAUUAAUUUCCUUUCUAUAUCAUACCUUCCCAACUUCUCACUAGCAACAGUGGCCGCACUUGUUCCCAUUAUCCUAGGACAGAUUUUUUAAUUUGUUUUUUUUUUGUUGAUUCAUAUAUAUAAUUCCGUCUUGUCAGAAUUUAGAAACACAAUUUAAGGGUUUAGUUUAUCUAAAUAUUUGUAUAAACAUGAAUUAUUAUUAUUUUUUUUAUUACUAACAAAUGUUACAUCUUGGUGGUUAUUUUUAAUAAACAAAUUAUUUUUGAAUAUUUAGAAAUAGUUUAUAUAAGUAGAUAGUACAUAUUUACAAUCAUAUAAUGUUUAAGUUAUAUUAGAUUCUAAGCAUAAUAUAGAUUUUUUUUUAAAAAUGUUAACAACUUUUUAUUACAAUUAAUGAUCUGAUCAUCAAAUUUAGAGAUGGUUUCUGCUAUAAAUUGUGUCUUAUUGAUAUAAUGGGAAAGUUAUAUUUUGGUACUGCAAUAAUAAAUUAUUAUUUUUUACAAUUUUCUAUUUUCAUUUUUUUGUAAAAAAUAAUCUUAGUAACUUAAAACUUUUAUUGAAUAUUUAAAUAUGUUAGCACUUUUCAAACAUUGUAAAAUUUAAAAAAUAUUCUGUGAUUUUUAAGUUACCUACCUACU